AUGGAUUUUGUGAAGAAUUGUAAGAGUCUAUUGAGAAGCUGCAAGUUAUCUUCAAAGACAAGGGUCAAAAAGCAAAAAGACAGUCCUAAGAAACCACAACAUGGCUGUGUUUGUGUCUACGUUGGAGAUGAGAGACAGAGAUUCAUAAUAAAAAUCAAAAUAUUGAAUCAUCCUUUGUUCAAGUCACUUCUAGAAGAUGUUGAGAAUGAAUAUGGAUAUGGAAAGAAUGGUCCUCUAUGGCUUCCUUGCGACGUUGACAUGUUCUGUGAAGCACUUGUGGAGAUAAAAAGUGCUAUGAGUGACAUGGGUUGCAAAUUUCCAAUUAGUCAUUAUAGUAACAUGAUUUGUGUUUCUAAUUAA